AUGCUUUCUACCCGCGGGGAAACAUAUGCCAAGGCCGGCUUGGCUAAUAGCUAUCUCGGCCCCCCCAAGCCCCCCUUCGAUAAAGAUAACAUGCACGGUGUUGUGUCUUUCGGCAAUGCAGAGAAUUUCCUGAUGCACAACGUAAUGCUUGAAUACAUCCGCACGCAGGUAGCAUCAGACCUCGACCACACAUGUCUCACCUACCAUGAAGGCCCCUUUGGCCCAAGACGUCUCCGCGCAGCUAUGGCGAAUCACAUUACUACAUACUUUCACCCCGCCGCCCCGAUCUCACCUGAUCAUCUCGUUUUCACGAAUGGCGUGACGAGCCUAAACGCGAUUUGUGCUCUCAGUCUAACCGACCCCGGCGACGGGAUUCUCCUGGGUCAACCCAUCUACGGCUCCUUCAACGGAGAUCUCCGCGUCCCCUCCAGCUGCCAACUGAUCUACACCCCCUUCCACGGGAACGACCCAUUCAGCCCCGAUGCCGUAGCUCGGUACGAGGAGACCUUCCUGCAAGCACGAGAGAAAGGGGUAACAAUCCGGGCCCUCCUGAUCUGCAACCCGCACAAUCCGCUCGGCCGAUGCUACCCGCGCGAGACCUUGGAGGCGCUACUGCGGUUCUGCCAGAAGUACCAGAUCCAUAUCAUCAGCGACGAGGUGUACGCGCUGUCGGUGUACGGAGAAGAUGAUUCCUCCGAUGGCUUUGUUUCUGUUCUGUCGAUUGACCCAGCCCCGCUCGGGGUGGAUCCGUCCUUGAUCAAUGUGCUGUACGGGAUGUCGAAGGAUUUCGCGGCGUCGGGGUUGCGGCUGGGAUGUUUGAUCAGCCGCAAUCAGAGGUUUUUACAGGCGGUUCUGUCGAUGAGGGUUGCCACUGCCGUUCUCGAGGAUCGAGACUUUGUGGAUACCUUUCUUGAGAAAAGCCGCCGAUUGCUUCGUUCACAGCGGGAUUUGGCGGCACGAGCCUUGGAGGAGGCGGGGAUUCCUUAUGCGCAAGGCGGUAUUGCGGGCUUUUUCCUCUGGGUUGACUUGUCCAAGUGCUUGGAUAAGGCGAUUGUCGCUAGUCGAGGCGGUUGGGCUGCAGAGUUGGAUCUGUCCCGCCGGCUGCAAGAGCUUGGGGUGGAGAUGUCGACGGGAUAUGCCUAUCAUAAUGAGGUUCCAGGCUGGUUCCGAGUCAUCUUCUCGCUGGAGGAGGAGAGCCUGAAGGAGGGUUUGUCAAGGUAG